AUGUUUGACUACUACUGUGAGCCUGGUUACCCUGGAGACCCUGGUGAUGUUGGACCCAAAGGACUUCCUGGAAACAAAGGCCCCAGCGGAAUUAAAGGUUGUCCAGGAGAAUGUGAAUGUAGGUCUGGUGUGGGGAAUGUAGGACCUCCUGGUCCAAUUGGUUUUCCAGGGCCUCCAGGUUUACCUGGACCAGAAGGACUUAAGGGGGACCCAGGACUGAAAGGAGGGGACGGACUAAGAGGACCACCAGGAUUUCAAGGAAUUCCUGGUCUAAAAGGCCGAAAGGGUCAGAAAGGUGACUUUUUUGGGAUAGGUUUUAAAGGUGUCAAGGGUGAUGGAGGAAUCCCUGGAUAUUCAGGUCCUCCUGGAGGUAUUGGUAGCCCAGGACCGGAUGGUGCCCCUGGCCCUGUGGGAGACCCUGGACCACCAGGUGCUGGGUAUACAGGAUUGCCUGGUCCCAAAGGUGACCCAGGCGCUACGGGACGCAAAGGAUUACCAGGACCUGCAGGUCUCCCAGGUAGUUAUUUUCCAGGACCAAAGGGAGCACCCGGACCUAAAGGAAAUCAGGGGUUUCCCGGCUCACCAGGGAUUCCUGGACGACCGGGCCCUCCAGGCGAAACAGAGACAUGCUGCGAAGAAGAUGAGACUGGCCCUCCUGGCCGUAAGGGUGAACCAGGUUCACCAGGAAUUCCAGGUGCACCUGGAAGAGAGGGACCGCUGGGAACUCCUGGGCACUCAGGCCCUAAAGGCAUUAAAGGAGAUGACGGUGUAACAGGAGGGAUUGGACUGCCAGGACAUCCAGGUUUAAAUGGGGAUCCGGGUGACCCUGGUGCCAGUGGAAUUAAUCUGAGUGGCCCUCCAGGUGCUCCUGGCUUACCUGGACACCAAGGCAGAAAGGGUGAACCAGGAGAUGCUUUCUCUUCCAGGCCAGGUGCUCCUGGCCCACCUGGCCUCCGUGGGGCCACAGGGAAAGGUGGCCUGCCUGGUACUCCUGGAAACCCAGGAUCACCAGGUAUCCAAGGCCCAAAUGGACGACCAGGCCGUAAAGGAGAGCCAGGUCCUCAGGGUGACCCUGGACCCACUGGCCUCCCAGGCCUACCCUGUACUGAAUGUGACCUGAGAGGUCUGCCAGGACCUCCAGGACCUCCUGGAAACCCUGGGCCGAGUGGAGCAUCUGGCUUCUUUGGUCAGAAGGGUCUGAAGGGGGAUAUAGGUCCGCCUGGUCAUGGACGGACGGGUCCACAAGGGUUUCCUGGUCCUCCUGGUUUGCCAGGUCCUGUUGGACCAAGGGGCCCCUCUGGCCCACCAGGAGAUCCUGGACCAAAUGGCUGGCCUGGAGUGAAAGGUGAAAGGGGAUACCCUGGCAGGCCUGGGACAAGAGGCUUACCAGGCCUUCCUGGACCUCCAGGACCGAAUGGUGUACAAGGAGAGAGGGGUUUGAAUGGUCGCCCAGGUGACCCAGGAUAUCCAGGACCUCCUGGUCAUAAAGGUUCACGGGGAGAACCAGGACUACCUGGAGCAUCAACUAUUGCAAAUAUAAUCAAAGGCUUCCCGGGACCUUCAGGACUAAGGGGGCCACCGGGCCAGCAAGGAUUUCAAGGAUCAAAGGGCAGAAGGGGAGAUCCAGGUGAUUUAGGUCCUGAUGGAUUGCCUGGCCAGGCAGGUUUUAAAGGAAUCCCUGGAGGACCUGGAAGAUCAGGAAGACCAGGACCUCCUGGGUAUCCUGGAGCUAAAGGUUUCCCUGGGUCAGGCGGACAUCCUGGGCAUAGUGGAGAUCCGGGAGAACCAGGACCCCUGGGUAAUAUCGGUAUCCCUGGGCUACCAGGAUUUCCCGGCGCCAAAGGUGAUCCAGGGCAGACUUUUGGACAGCCUGGUGCACCUGGACCCAAAGGAUUGCCAGGGGAGGAUGGACCCAGAGCACCUACAGGGAGUCCUGGAGAUCCGGGUGACCCAGGAUACAGAGGAAGGCCAGGGCAACCUGGACAACCAGGCUUUCCUGGGGAACCAGGAGGAGAAGGACUGCCAGGUUUCCCUGGGCCUCGUGGCCCUUCAGGUCUUCCAGGUUUUCCAGGGCCUCCAGGUGAUGAAGGAGGUGUGGGACCAUUAGGCCCGCCAGGCCCAUUUGGGCCUCCAGGACCUCCUGGACCACCAGGUCUGGAUGGACUGAAUGGGCUUGAAGGUCCAGUGGGGAUGAAGGGAGCACAUGGUGUAGAUAUUCCUGGCCCUCAAGGACCAGAUGGUUUUCCAGGAGCCAAAGGUCUAAGGGGGCCCCAAGGACCUCCAGGAACCACUUAUGCUGUGUCUAAAGGUCCAAGGGGCCCAACUGGUGAUACAGGUUUUCCAGGCUCACCAGGCUCACCAGGUUAUGCUGGCAAACUAUGCCAAACGCCUUUGCCAGGGUCCUAUGGAGAAAUAGGAUAUGAAGGACCUCCAGGCCCCCCGGGUCCUCAUGGAGAACCUGGGGCACCGGGCAGCACCAGCAUUUUGUCCAAAGGAGACCCAGGACCAGUUGGCCUUCCUGGGUUACCAGGACGAAAGGGAAGUAAAGGCCUCCCCGGACCUUCUGGACUUUCAAACAACCCAGGACCUUCCGGACCCAGAGGUGAGACAGGUCCAAGUGGACCAAGGGGUCCUCCGGGAUCCAAAGGUCCACCAGGUGUUCCUGGACCCCAAGGCCGAAAGGGAGACACUGGCCCAGCGGGAAAUAGAGGUGUGAAAGGUGCCCGGGGUGAUUCUAUCAACGGAUACCCAGGACCAGCGCCCCGUGGACUUCCGGGACCACCUGGUCAUGCAGGAUCUGUGGGAUUCGUAGGUGAUGUGGGUCCACCUGGAACUCCAGGACGUAACGGAGAGAAGGGUCCUAAAGGGACUGUUGGCCUCCCUGGCAGACCAGGUCCUCCUGGUCGCAAUGGUCCAGUUGGAGACCCAGGAAAUGUUGGUGAACAAGGAUUUACUGGACCUGAAGGUAUCCCAGGUGUACCUGGUGAUCCUGGUUUGCCAGGCCAUAGCGGUGCAAUUCGAUCUGGCUUCAUGUUGGUUAUCCACAGUCAGUCAAUUCUGGUGCCAGUGUGCCCCUCAGGCAGCAGUCAACUCUGGGUGGGCUACAGUCUCAUUUACCUGGAGGGUCAAGAGAAGGCUCACACACAAGAUCUUGGCCAGCCUGGCUCCUGCCUCCCUGUUUUCUCCACCAUGCCUUUCUCUUACUGCAACAAAGCUGCCUGUCACUACUCUAGUCGCAAUGACAAAUCCUACUGGCUCUCCACUACUGCUCCCAUGUCCAUGAUGCCGCUCUUUGGUACGGAAAUAAGAGCCCACAUCAGCCGCUGUGUGGUGUGUGAGACAGCUGCACCUGCGGUGGCUUUUCACAGCCAGGAUCAAUCAGUCCCUCCAUGCCCAGCUGGCUGGAGGAGUUUGUGGACGGGCUACUCUUUCCUCCUGCACACAGGGGCAGGUGAUGAGGGUGGCGGCCAGUCACUGACUUCCUCCGGUAGCUGCCUUAAGGAUUUCCGAACGUACCCCUUCAUUGAGUGCCAGGGUGCGCGGGGCUCCUGCCACUACUUUGCCAACCUGUACAGUUUUUGGCUGACUACUGUGAGUUGGACAGAGCAGUUUACCACCGCAACGCCUGACACCAUUAAAGCAGCCGACCAACAGCGACGCAAAGCCAGCCAGUGUAAUGUCUGCCUUAGGCAGCUAUAAUGCACCUCCUAUCACUUUCAGUUGCAGUUUUAAUUAUUUUGUAACCUGUUUUAUGCCAGUCCACUUUUAAAAUCUAAGUCAGAUUACCACUCAGGAUUACAGAGAGAUUCUAAUAAAUGAUGUUUGAUAAUAAAAGUAAAAACCUGUAUAUACACACAUACCCACUACCUGAACAGCUGAGCAACUAUUCUUAAAGUCAUUAUUUUUAAUAAGGUCCUGAUAUUAAAGAUAAAAUAGCACCUUGUGAGCUAUAAUAAUUGUUUAAUAGAUGAUAAUUUUGUGCUGUAACUUAAGAUUUUAUUUUCAUAUAUUUUUUAACCAAAAUGUCAACAUUUUUAAAUCUAAUUUGUGUUUCUCCCCAAUUAAAGUAUUUAAGAAAAAGGUCUAA